GCAGGAGAGAACAGACACAGACUCUGCUAGCGAUGCUCCGUCCUGCUCCUAUAGUUGUGAUUCAGAGAGACUGAUGGUGCCUCAGGUUAACCCCCCAACAGGUGCUGCCUUCAGCCUGCCUUCUAUAGGAUCUAUCAACUGGAACAUGGACCCUGCGACAACACAGACACUUCCUGGCCUUCAUCCUCCUCACACUCUCCUUAUGUUAAACCAGACCUCAGACAAUGCCAGUGCCUCAACACUAAAUGGCUACACAAGCCCAUUGACCAAUGACAGUAGUGGUAGUAAUGCUGUCAGCAGAUCCGGUGACAAAGAGAAGCGCUUCCCAUGUUCAUUCUGUGGGAAAGCGUUCAGUUUCCCUAAACAGGUGGAGAUCCACCAGAGGAUGCACACAGGGGAGAAACCAUUCAGCUGCCACCUUUGCCAGGCUAGUUUCUCACACUCCUCCAACCUGAAUAGGCACCAGAGGGUCCACACAGGGGUGAAACCCUUCAGCUGUACCCAGUGUCACAUGUGCUUCACCCAGGCUGGUCACAUGAAGAGGCACCAGAGGGUUCACACAGGGGAGAAACCCUUCAGCUGCCCCCAGUGUGAAAAGAAGUUCUCCCGCCAGAAUCAGCUGAAGAUGCACCUGAAGUUCCACAUGGGAUAGAGGCCUCCUACACACUGCAGGAAGAGGUUCUCAGAGAGGAGCGACCUUAGGAUACACCAGCUGACAAACCAUUCCACUCUUUAACAUAAAAGUAAUCAUUCCACUCGAUAGCUUCUGACUUUUAGAUCAAAUCCUACAUUGAAGACAAUUCAUUUUAAUUGUAGUCAGCAGAAAAGAUCCACAGUUGCAUUUGGAAUAACGAGAGUAACAGAUUUCAGUUUUGAAUUUUUCUGGGUAGAAUAUUGCAUCGAGACAAUGUGACAUAAGGCAUUUAAGCAAUUCAAAAACGUUCCAUUAUAAAUCUCAAUCUGGGUCAGGUGGGCAUCAUUUGAAAGCGUAUUAUAUUUCCAACAUGACUUGCUAAGUUCUAAAAUACGAUCUUACAGUGUUAGGCUUUGACCAUUAGAAUGGAGUCAUAUCCUCCCGGGUGGCGCAGUGGUCUAAGGUACAGCAUCGAAGUGCUAGCUGUGCCACCAGAGACUCUGGGUUCGAGCUCAGGCUCUGUCGCAGUCAGCCGCGACCGGGAGGUCCAUGGGGCGAUGUACAA